AUGAAGUCGAGCUUGCGGAAAAAGCUUUUGAUCAACACACAUACCAGCGGUCCCACAACCCUUCACAUUACUCAAAAUUUUACUGAUUCUUCUUCCGAAAGAACCACGAAAUCGAUCAUCCCAGCGAUCUGA